AUGUCCUCCAGCCCCACCGCAAAGCAGACUGUCCCGAUUGUAGAUGGGGGUAAGGCGUUGAAGACACCCAACAAGAAUGCCAAUGGGAAUUCCAGCAAGACUCCAGGAGACCCUUUGGUUCUGCCGCCAAACACCAGCAGUGACCACUUCCAGAGCUUCAUCAAGCGAGCGCGCGAGAUCUGUGGUCCGGAAAAUGUUUUCAUUGUGGAGCGUGAGGACCAGCUCGUGGACGGCAAUUAUUUCGAGCCCAAUACGACUCACGAUAUGCAUGCCCUCUUAGACCGCAGCUAUUUUGUCUGUUCUGCCACUAUUUCUCCCCGGAAUGUGCCCGAGGUUCAGGACAUGGUGCGGCUAUGCAACGAGUUCGACAUUCCGGUCUGGCCAUUCUCGAUUGGUCGAAACACGGGUUACGGAGGUGCUGCACCGAGAGUACCCGGAAGCAUCGGCUUGCACCUGGGAAAGCACAUGAACCGCGUUCUAGAGGUGAACACUGAGGGGGCAUAUGCGUUGGUCGAGCCUGGUGUGACCUAUUAUGCUAUGCAUGAAUACCUGGAGAAGCACAAUUUGAGAGAGAAAGUCUGGCUCGAUGUACCGGAUCUUGGAGGAGGCUCCAUCAUUGGCAACGCCAUUGAGCGAGGCGUCGGAUACAGUCCUUACGGCGACCACUGGAUGAUGCACUGUGGACUGGAAGUUGUGCUGCCAAACGGCGAGCUAGUUCGGACUGGCAUGGGCGCCUUGCCAGAUAAAGCUUCUGGUCACACGAGUGGGUUGAGAGCCGAUGAACAACCUGGCAAUCGAGCUUGGCAGCUGUUCAAUUAUGGUUUCGGGCCUUAUAACGACGGCAUCUUCUCGCAGAGCAGUCUUGGAAUUGUGGUCAAGAUGGGCAUUUGGUUAAUGCCAAAUCCUGGCGGAUACCAAGCAUACAUGAUCACAUUCCCAAGAGAUGAAGAUCUUCACCAAAUCAUCGACACCAUUCGUCCGCUCCGUCUUCAAAUGGUCUUGCAGAACGUCCCAACCUUGCGAUCUAUCCUUAUGGAUGCGGCGGUGCAUAAUCCCAAGAAGCACUAUACCGACUCGGACGAACCGCUCUCUGACAAGGAACUCGACGAAAUUGCUGAGAGACUCAACCUCGGUCGAUGGAAUUUCUAUGGAGCCCUUUACGGACCGGAGCCGAUCCGCAAUACUCUUUGGGGCAUUAUCAAGGAGAGUUUCUCAAAGAUUCCGGGUGCCAAGUUUUACUUUCCCGAAGACCGCACCGAGGAACACAGCGUCCUUCGUACCCGGGCAUUGACUCUGCAAGGCAUCCCGUCCUUCGAUGAGUUGCGGUGGGUCGACUGGCUUCCCAAUGGAGCCCAUCUCUUCUUCUCGCCCAUUUCGAAAAUCACGGGGCAGGACGCUGUCUUGCAAUACCAAGUCACUCGCAAGCGCUGUCUCGAAGCUGGUUUGGACUUCAUUGGCGACUUUCUGGUGGGAAUGAGAGAAAUGCAUCAUAUUGUGUGUAUCGUAUUCAAUCGCGAGGACCCAGACUCGAAGAGGAGGGCCCUCUGGCUCAUUCGAACGCUCAUCGAUGACUGCGCCCAGCAUGGAUGGGGAGAGUAUAGAACCCACCUGGCAGUCAUGGACCAGAUUGCUAAUACGUACAAUUUUAACGACAACGCACAAAUGAAACUGAAUGAGAUGAUCAAGGAUGCCAUGGACCCGAAAGGAAUUCUUGCGCCUGGGAAAAACGGCAUUUGGCCUCAGACUUAUGAUAAGGGUGCCUGGGUAAUCUCGCCAGAUCCUGGUCAGCUUCCAACAAGCAAUACCAACUAG